UCAGUUUGCGAGUGCCAUAGCUCAAGGUAUCGGCACAAACUGGUCGACACCGUUCGAGUCCGAAGUACCAAGCUGCUCCACAGGAAACUGCACCUACCCAAAAUUUGAAUCCCUGGGUAUCUGUUCCAAGAGCGGUAACAUCACAUCCUACGUGGAUGCCGGGUUCUUGGCAGAGCCGACUGAGUCCGAUAUCACCUGGGGCCUUGCAGAGUGGGCCGACUUCUACGCCUUUAAUGACGGUGUUCCUGCUAUCAAUUUGACCAUACCUGAUGCAUACAAUUGCUCGCUCGUCACCCAGGUCUCGUACAACUACUUGGCGUGCGCCCUAUACCCAAACACGUCCCUGCUCUUCCAACAAGACAGCAACCUCAUGCAUAGCCGCCUCAUCUCAUUGGCUGUCCUCUACACAGUACCUCGUGCACCUCCAGAAAGCGGCUUCGCCUCGAACAUCACGAGCCUAUCGAGCGUGCAAUACGAGGCAGCGGAGCUGAUCUUUUACCCGUGCAUCAAUGAGUAUGAGGUGCUGGUGGAGUCAGGCAACCCGACCACUACCGUCGUGUCGUCAUCCUACGAGGUCGCCGACCCGAGCUCGGACCGCUACGUGAAUUUUUCCUGCUAUUUUACAGAACAGAACUCUGGUAUCUGUGACAUGGAUACCUACUCAUCUGUCCCGUGGGAUGUGACUGUGCCGGCACCUAUGAUGUACUUGAAAGACCCUGCGAGUCCAAAUUCGAAUACAACGACCUUUGGUAUGACUUACGGCACACUAGCUGCGACAGCGGUUGACCUGUUUAACGCGCUGAGCGGCUUCGCAACGUACACGGCCGACGGACUCGCCUACGUUGGCAUGGGAGAAGUGCCGACGAUCUGGUAUAAUCUGUUUGGCAACUCUACUGAGGACGCCACCCAGCGCGCCAUCAUCAUGGACGCGUUGAUGCAAAAUGUCGCGACCAGCAUGACAAAUGUUAUCAGAAUGUUUCCGUCCUCAGGAGAUGGAAUGAAUUCAUUCACGGUCAAUGGGACGGCGACUAGCCCUGAGACCUUUGUUGAGAUCCAUUGGGGCUGGCUGGCGUUCCUUGCUUCGGAGCUGGUCUUGUCCAUCAUCUUUGUCAUUGGCACCAUCAUCCACACAGCCAGGCUCGCUGGUAGGGUCCUGAACAGUUCCUCUCUCGCAGCCUUGGCGGCGCUGGAUGAGAGCUCUCGGUCUGCUUUAGGUGGCAUUGAUGAUCCGCAGGCCAUGAAAAGGAAAGCCGCAGGCAUCAGGGUUCAGUUGCUGGGCUCAGAGCUCGUGAUGGUCUGAGGGAUAUGCGCUGUGCUUCUUGAUUUAUCACUGUACCUAUGAACGAUCUAGGUGGGCCAAAAGUCUUCAAGUCUUUGAGUGGGAAAAGGUCAGAAAAUACUGAAUGCUACCGUUUGCACUCUCUC